AUGUUAAAGUUACAGAUAAGAAGAGGAGAAUACUCAUGGAGUAGUCGCAGUGUCGGAUGCUUUAUAUUUUUGGAUAAUCGUCUGCUCAACAUUAUCACAUCAUUUUCUGCUGAUAUCAAAAAUAGCGCAAAACUACCUCGAGCAGGGUCUUUGAGGUUAACUUUUAAAGACAUGAAAGAUGACAAAAUAUUAGGAAGCGUCAAUAUUUUAAUCGAGCUUUUACCUUUGAAUAAAGCUGUUUGGCUUCCAAUAUUUUCAUCAGAAUGCGAUAGUCUAAAUGAGCUUCCUUUAGUUGUUAAUGAUCCAAAAGUUCUCAUAUUUUGCGAAACAGAAGAAAAGCAAAGCAUAGAGAUAAAUGACAACGCAUUUAAUAAAUUUUCAUAUGAAGUAGAAGAUAUCCAUGCAAAGUGCAAAGAAAUCGAAUUUGCGAACUCAGAAAAAAUUGAUUCUGGAAAGAAUUUUGAAAAUGACCAACCAAAAAGAAAAUAUGAAGAAAGAGCAGAUAAUUUAAUGAGCCAGCCAGACUUCUUCUCGAAAAAAUAUGAAGAGCUUGAUUCCAGAUGUAAGAUUAGAGAAGCUUCGCUUUUAAAACUUCUUGAACAAAAAGAAUUAGAGAUUAAGGCUGCUAGCGUAGAAAACGCAAAACUUCAAAUCUAUUCAAAGAAGCUUGAAAAUGAAAAUAGGGACUUAUCAGAUAAAAUCUCUAAGCUCGAGAUGAAUCCUAAAAGAGAGCAAAUAAAUAUCUUACAGAAUGAGCUUAUUAUACUAAAAGAACAAUUAGCAAACGCUGAGAAAUCUAUUAAAGAAUUAACAGAGGAGGUUAAUUCUUUCAAGAAAAAUAAAACUAGCUCUUCCUUAGUCCUAAGCACUGAAAUUUCAGCACUAAAGCCGAGCAAUAAAAGCCAAGAAAUAUUAUCAAACAAAAAGAGCCAGGAAUGCCAAAAAGAAAAUAUCCAUUCAUUUCCAAGUUUGAAAGCGAAAAUUCUGAAAUUGCAUAUUGAGAGCAACGAAAAUAAAAAAGAUGAAAUUGAAUCCCAUCGUGAUGAAGUGUCAAUUGAUUCACUGGUGAAAGAGAUUUUAUCAAAAACUGGCUACAAGGGCUCAUGCUCGAAAGUUAGCAAAAAUGAAUAUAGAAGUUUCCUAUGUUUGGCGCUGUAAGGCCGAUAAAAUUCUGAUCGGAAUUUAUCGGUAGGUUGCACCAAAUCAAUGCCUUGGUCGGACCAAAAAGCGAUUUGGUCCGACGAACUUGGAAAGCUCCUGGGGAAAAUGUCUGCGCUUUUAGCGCUAUAUAGAGAAACCUCUAUAUUUAUUUAAUGGGCAAAAGUUGUAUAUGCAAUUAAAAGAGAAUCGUAUAUAUGCAAAGACAGGAGCUAUUUUAGCUCCGCUUGAAGAGCUAUUACUAUCAUCUAGAUAUUCAGUUAUUAAGCGCAAUUGGGAUUCUUCAACUCCAAAGAAUAAUGCUUAUUUCUCAAAUCCUUCAUCACGAGCACAAAGUCCAAGGGAAGAGUUUAUUCGACCAGUUAUGAUUAAUGAAUGAGAAAUUAAAACAUCUAGGAAAUCAUCACCUCAGAAUUCUUUUUGCAUUUCUACAGUUAGUAGCAGACAUAAGAUCAAAACGCCUAAUCAAUCGCCAUUUAGACAUCGAGAUUCACUGAGAAAUUCCAAUAGUGUUGAGCGGACUCAGCCAUUCAGAUUUUUAUAA